AUGCUGGCUGUAGCUAGUCCACUGAACCGGAGAGCGGCUCCGAGACCAGAGGGCAGCAUUGAUGUGCUCUUCAGAGAGGUCGGCAAAAUUUACUUCGGCACGGCUACUGAGUUUGCUCGACUAUCUGAAGGAGAGAAUCAAGGCAUCAUCAGCGCCGAUUUUGGCCAAGUAACACCAGAAUACACAAUGAAAUGGGCCGAGACUCAACCAGAACGCAACGUUAUGACUCUGGACAAGGCGGACAAUCUUGUCAAAUGGGCUGUAGCGAACCAGAAGAGUAUCCGCGGCCACACACUGCUGUGGUGGGACUCGAUUCCAGACUAUGUGAGAGCCAUAAAAGAUAAACAAGGGAUGAGGGACGCGAUCACAGACCAUGUGACGAGGUUGGUAGGGCGUGACGGCUGGAAGGGCAAGAUCCGAGCGUGGGAUGUGGUCAACGAGGCGAUUGAGGGAGACCAUAUGCGCAGCAAUCCGUUCUACGAUGUCUUGGGAGAUGAGUACAUCAAAGUCGCCUUCGAAGCUGCUCGCGCUGCCGAUCCGGACGCUAAAUUGUACAUCAACGAUUAUAAUCUAGAGGAUGCGACGUACGCAGAACACAAGUUCAUGGUCGCUAAAGUGAAUGAGUGGAAUGGCAAAUGGCAGGCUGGUGGAAGACCUUUGAUCGAUGGAAUCGGAUCCCAGACACACCUUGACGCAGGUCAUGCUUCUGCUGUGGAAGGCGCGCUGAGAUCCUUAGCCGCGGCUAACGUUGCUGAAGUCGCAAUCACCGAGCUGGAUAUUCAAGGAGCUAACCCGCAAGAAUACCGGGAUGUCGUCAAAUACUGUUAUUGGGUACCUCACUGCGUCGGCGUAACUACAUGGGGUGUCCGUGACAACGAGGCCUCGGGCAAGAACACCCCCGAUGAGACACCUCUUCUUUUCGAUUCGAAUUGGGCCGCAAAGGAUGCCUAUUUCGCAAUCCGAGACUACCUCGCAGAUCUACCUAAAGUAGACCGUAACUGA